AUGCUGGUCGACAGCUGGGCCUCGACCGGCGUCGUCGCCGUGUUGGCGGCGCCCUUUUCGAGGCUCGCCCUCUCGCCGAGGCCCGCCGGCGCGAGCGCGGGGUCAUGCUCUGCCGCAUCGUGCAGCGGGAGGACCCACCAGGGAACCCCGGCGCGGUUCCGAAACAUGGAGGGGCAAUUCUUCAACGGCGGGCGCCGACGCGCUCCACACGCGUUGGCGGCGCUGGAGGACGACGCCCAGGAACCAUCGCGAAGGAGGGGUAGACGGGCGAAAGCGACCGGCUCGUCGUCCGCCGCAUCGACGCCCGCGGCGUCGAGCAGCAGCGGGAGCAGCUCGGACUCGGACACGAAAUCAGUCCCGGAGUCCGACGGUGACGACGACGACGACGACGGGGCCGACCCCGCGCGUCGCAUGGCUUCGCUGGUGGCGCUCGUGGCCAUGUCCACGGAUCAGAACCCUAGUGCCGUGGCGAAGCACCUGAGAGACGACGCGGAGACGUACCGCGCGCUGGAGCGCGAGGCGAAGGGGUCCGCGGGGGUCCGAGCGGCGGAGGGGCCCGAGCGGAGGAUCGCGAGAAACCUCGAGGUCCUCGUGAACGAACUGGGAUGCGCACCCGCGGACCUCGCGGCGAUCGUCCGCGCCUUUCCCGGCGUCCUCGCCCUCGACGCGGACGACGACGUGCGCUCCGUUGUACAGUUCCUGACGGGGCCCAUACCGCUGGGCGGCGUCGGCAUGACGACGGCGGCGGCCAAGGAGUGCGUUAGACGAGAUCCGAAGAUGCUCGGGCAGAGCGUCAAGGACGCCCUCAGGCCCAAGUUUGAGUACCUCGUCGAACACGCGGGUUUACGCCCGGGGAACGUGGGUGACAUGCUGUGGCUCGAUUUGGAGACGCAGAUCAAGCCGAGGGUGGAGUUUCUGGCGUUGGAGUGCGGCAUGGGCUCGACUGCGGCGGCGGCGGCUAUUCGCAACUUCCCCCCGUCGCAGUCGCACGUCCUGUACAGGCACUUCGAGAACCCGGAGAACAUGGCGCGCAAGGCGCUCAAGUGCCUGCGCGAGGAGGUUGGCAUGUCCGCGGAUCAGGUGUCUUUCGCCAUCGGCAGGUUCCCGAAGAUCCUCGAUUAUUCCCCCGAGAAGAUCGCGGGUUGCUUCGAGUUUUUACGCUCGACGUGCGCGCUGACCGAGGAGGAGUGCAGGCGCGUGAUCGCCGCCACGCCGCAGGUGGUGGGGCUCUCGGUGGAGGAGAACAUGGCGCCGAAGCAUCGUCUGUUGGUGCACGAGCUGGGCCUCGGCGAAGACGGCGCGAGGGAGGUCAUCGCCUGCUUUCCAAACCUGUGGACCGUCGCCAACGACAACAUUCGAGCGCGAUUUACGUUUUUCCUCGAAACCGUGGGGUGCUCGCGAGAGGAUCUCACGGCGAUGCUAGCGUCGCAUCCCCACGGCGUGCUCUCGCUCUCGACGGAUAACAUCUUAGAGUCGAUGAAUUUCAUCGAGAACGUCUUCGCGACGCUUCCGGCGGACGACACGCAGCGCCGGACGCUCGGCGACGGCGGCCCGCGCGAGCUCGCGGUUGCGGUGCUCGCCAAGGUGCCGAUGCUGUUGGGGUACUCGGUGGAGCGCAAGAUGCGACCGACGGUGGAUUACAUACGCGAGACGCACCCGGACGUGUGCGCGUUUCGGGCGCUGAAGAUGUGCACCAACUCGCUCGGCGGGACGAUCAUGCCGAGGUGUUAUUUCAAGGAGCGAGCGGGUUGGAACGUUUUGCUGGUCACGGCGGUGCACAUGAGCAAGUCGAGGUUCUGCGAGAAGGUUGGCAUCACCGUCGCCGAGUACGACGAGAAGGCGGCGGAGUUCAUCGAGCUCACGGAACGGAUGCACCCGCCGCCGGCCAAGCCGCGGACCCCCGCGUUCGCCAUCAGAUCCGCCAUCAAGGCCCAGACAAAGCGGACGACGUUGGACAAAGCGGAGAAAGCGGAGAAGGGGACGACGACGGAGCGACGACGCGCGACGCGGAGGGAGGCGGCGGAGGCGCGGAGGAGGGCGGCGGCGAAGGACGCGCCCGACGGCGAAUAG